CGUCACAGCCGCGGAGCAGCACAGGAGCCCCCCCGCGGACCGGUCCCCCUCCACAGUCGCAGUCAGAAACUGUGUCAUCGAGCAACGAGUCACUGAAGCAACCACACCCAACUUUCAAGUAUAGAAGAUCUUCCUAAAAGCCAGCGGCAAGUGUCAACUCAGCAGCAGGACAUAUUUGAAUGCCGCUACCCACAAUCUCCUGAAGUAACAACCUUGUUUGAAUUUUGUUAUGUCCCUUUUCAUUCUCUAUACUUAAACUCGCAGCCCUGGAUCUUCCUACCUUGUUGAGUUAUCGUUUACAGCGACCGUAUUUCACUAUGGAUUGUUACAGACUUGCUGCUCAUCUGGAUACAAGUGUUGGAGGCGAUUGGGACCAGGAUGAAUUAAAGGCUAAAUUGCAUCAUCCAACCUGGAGAGUAGUUUGACUCUUUGCCUUCGAGCACAACUUGUCAUCCUCUGUUUCUCUUGUCCCCAGUGGAUCGUUGGCCAGGUUACCCACAGUUGACAUGGAUGGGAGGACUGACAGUUCGACACAAACCACAGCUCGGAUGCUUGUGUUUUGGACGCCUCUCUCUCACGUUUUUUCUUCAUCAAGAUAAAAAUCGUUUGGAGAAGAUGGGAAAGAGACACUUGUAAAGUCAUGGAGAUAUCUGUGACCGGAUGAUGCAAAAUAAGUUGAUUUGAUCCUUCAUUUGUCAGACACGGCUUCCUUGUAUUUCUUUUUUUAUGAAAGGAUAUUUUCACAGCAUCCUUUUGUGCUGUCUCACAGACGAAGGCCUGUGUGGCCUGACAGUCGGGCCUCUUUAAGGGCCCCAAAGGAUACAUAUGAGAAAUUUUGGAAACUGAAAACUCUGAUCUGAUAUCCUUGUGGAUUAAGACAAACAAACAGGAGUAGGCAUCGUGACAGUUUGUCGUGUCGUGGUGGCAUGGCAACAGAUCACGGCGAGCUGCUGGCUGAAAUGGCCACGGUCGGGCGUCUGAGUGCCACAGAACGCCUGAAACACGCCCAGAAGCGCCGCACUCAGCAGCUGAAGACUUGGGUGCAGAUGGAGAAGGAUUCAGUGCGAGGGUCAAGGGCCAAGGCAGAUAAGAAGAAGGCCCGCACCAUCAAAGUCACGUUCCCUAAUACCGUCACCCUUCUAGAUGCAGCUGCACGCAAUGAUGUGGAGGAAGUGAGGGAGCUGCUCAACAGUGGCAUCAGCCCAGAUCUGGUCAACGAGGAUGGACUUACAGCCCUUCAUCAGUGCUGCAUUGACGACUUUGUGGAGAUAGUGCAAUGCCUGUUGGAUGCUGGCGGCUGUGUGAAUGCCUGCGACAGUGAGUUGUGGACACCGCUGCACGCUGCUGCCACCUGUGGACACACUGGUCUUGUGCAGCUCCUGAUCCAGGCUGGGGCUGACCUGCUGGCUGUCAAUGCAGACGGCAACAUGCCCUAUGACCUCUGUGAGGACGAGGCCACCCUCGAGCUGCUGGAGAUGGUUAUGGCUGAACAGGGAAUAACUCAGGACCGUAUAGAUGAAUGCAGAGGAGCUAAGGAGGCGGCCAUGCUAGCCGACAUCCGGGCUCUGCUUCAGAGCAAAGCAGACUUAAACGCUCAGGACAAUAAUGGAGCUGGACUGCUUCAUAUAGCAUCUGCUAAUGGCUACGCAUCAGUGGCAGAGCUGUUGCUGGACAACAGGGCUGAGGUGGAGGUGAAGGACACUGAUGGCUGGACACCGCUACAUGCUGCCUCCUGCUGGGGACAAAUCCAGAUGGUGGAACUGCUGGUAGCACAUGGAGCUGAUCUGAAUAGCAAGUCUGUCCUGGAGGAGACGCCUCUGGAUGUGUGCGUGGAUGAGGAGGUGAGAGCCAGACUAAUGGACCUAAAGAACAAACAUGACGCCAUCAUGAAGAGCCAAGACCGGCAGAAGGGCACACUGCAAAGACGGGCCUCCAGUACCGGCAGCAGAGGUAAGGUGGUGCGUCGUGUCAGUGUGAACGAGCGUUCAAGUCUGUACCGACGAGAGCACCACAAAGAGGCCAUGGUGUGGCAGGAGCGUGGUCGACAGCCUGAUCCUCAGGAUGACGAUGAGGACAGGCAGACGGACAAUGAGCUGCACCAACACGCCAACACGGCUGCUGGUCCUACAGCGACAUCCCGGUUGGAGGAACUGGAAGCUGCAGACAGGAAAAUAGUGUCCAGCCUUGGUAAUGGAGGGACGUCUGUUUCCCUGGCUGCCUCUGUGCCUGGAGAGCUGUGGAGCGGUGGAGGUCGCAUGGAGCGCAGCGCCUCCUACCAGCUCAUCCCUGUAUCUGCAUCUGGAGCGGGGUCCGGGCCUGCAGAGGGCGAGGGCGCAGACAGUAUGACUCGAGAGAAGUCACACCAAACUCUGGCCGACCUGAAACGCCAGCGGGCAGCCGCCAAGCUCAAUAAAUACCCUGCACCUCAGCCACCACUGCCCCCUUCCUUAGAGGAGGAGCCUUCAUCUGAAGUGGGCGAGGUUACGACCGCUCUGGCCGAUCCCGAGCUCCAAGUGACGCCCAGUCCAGAGCAGCCGGCUUCCCCAAGCUUGGUGUAUUUCACCCCAGCCAGCGGAGAUCCUCCAUUACUGAAACUUCGAGCCCCAGAAGAGGACCAGUCUAACAACAAGGAGCCCUGCUGUGGACUCAUGUAGACUCACUCAGACAUUAACGCACACUGCCUGCAGAAGAGCUCGGGCUGUCGCACAAAGUGGCAAAAACAUUUCAAAACACAACGUUUGUAAAUUAAUCACUGAAGACUGAAGGUUAAGGCCAUGUGCCAGUGAGGGUUCCCUUCAUUUCAGAUUACUCAAGCACAGAAUGUGCUCUCUUUGCUUAUAUUUUUAAAUCAGUAUGAUUCAUCUACACUUUAUGCUCAAGUUCCCUGAUGCUCCCUCUUGAUUAGAGGCGCCACUUAGACUGUUUAUAGAGAUGGAGCCAGAGUCUGCGCAGUAGCAUUCAUGGUGUGAAGCAUCAGUAUCGAGGUCUCGCCAAUACAUGUGCUCGCUAUUUUAACUGUCAAUCAAGACGUUUGACCAAUCUAUAACAUCAAAUAUCAAAUUAAUACCAAACUUACUAAAUAAUGAGCACUUGAACAUACAUCAGUGUGAUAAUAACUACCUGAAAUCCCAGAAAACAUUUGGAGAAAACUUUUUUUUGACAUUUACUAGUUUGAUCCAUACCCCAUCCAAUUAAAUGGAGGAGGGGGGUUUAUUAGUGAUACUGCAGCCAGCCACUGUCGAUCGAGAGGAGCUGUCAUGUCGUCCUUGGAGGACAAAGGUUUCUUGUUACAGUCACAAGCAAAGAUCUGCUUUGUGGUCUUUACUCAAUAAGCCUUAGAAUCCCACGGAAUAUGAAUUAUUCACAUAAAUCAGAAUGGAAUUGAAGUGAUUUAUCUUAUACUAAGAAUGAAUGGUUCACUUCUGAGGAUCAGAUCAAAUCUUUUCAAAGACCCAACUUCUGACCAAUCAGAUCACUGGAAAAGUAGUUGUUUUUCCUUCAAGAUCCUGACAAAAAAGUUCCAAGUUAAUUAAGUGACAAAUAAUAAAAAGCAAUAGAUCUUUUUAAAGAUCUGUUAAAUCAUUUUUCUGUUCCUUGCAAACAGCUUCUGACAGAAAGUUAAUCAUAAAAUAAAAUAAACAAUUAUACAUAACUAUUACAGCUUUAUUUUCUGAUUCCCAGUUUGAUUGUUUUACUCUUUAGAAUCACACGAGGAGACUAUUAGAAAAACUAUCCACACAUAUUUAAUAUUCAGUUAGAUUGACCUCAUCAGAGAUAAAAUACUUUUGUUCUGUCCGUUCUGCUUUAUAUAUAAGAAACAGUCUGACAUAACUGUUAUUCAUAAAAGCCUGUUAAUCAGCAGAGCAAAGCAAAACUACUCUCAGUGAGAAACUGAAGAAUAAUUCCUCUACUUAUUUACAAUACAUCCUUUGCCUUAUUUUGAUAAACUGAUAAUAAUUAUUUCCAGUGGCUCUUUUCUAUUCUUGUUGUGUUAUAAUUUUGUUUACAUUUCACCUUGUUGAAUGUCACUUAUAUACGUUGCUAUAACCAGAUAUACCUGCAGGUGGCAGUGGUUCUUCUCUUAAUUGUUAGUGAUAUAUCUGUGGUUCUGAUGUUGUCGAUUGUUAUUAACUGUUCCAUCUUUAUCUCAUGCACACAUGCAUAGAAAAAACCCAGAUUUAACUGAGGUGGUUGAUGACCAGCAUCAUGUUAGAUGUCUGAUGUUCGGCUCAGUGAAGCAAGGCAACUGCGAGAUAUCCUGGGUUUGUUGAACGCGCUUUGUGGUACAGGCCUCGGAUGUUCUUAUCUGUAAAACUCUUAAAACAUCAUAACAUUGAUACGACACAUGAAUCCACACAGUCCAGGUCGAGAUGACCCACCAAGGAAAUGUCCCAUCAUUCCCUGCCAAAAACGUAGAGUCACAAAGCUUCACAUAAUCAUAAACAGAACGUGUACAACAAUUACACACAUGGUUGUGGGAUUGUUUUGUCACUAUGGUUUCAUUAACUAUUCUGAAGCUACAUUUACUCAACUGUUCUCUUGCUUGAUUAUUUUCUGGGACUGAAAAUGUUCUGAAUACUUUCGUCAUCUUUCCAAUGCACAAAAAAGCCCAAAUUUCAAUAUGUGUUCUUGUGCAAUUUGUAAAUGAUAUGCUCUCUCUUUAUAUUUCUAUUUUUCUAGCCUCUGAAUGGAAUCACUUUAUUUAUUCUAUCUGAUACUGAAUGUUGCUCACAGUGUACAGUUAAUGUACCAUUUUAUAAAAGAUGAAUAUAUAAAGAUUUAAACUGAGGGCAAGAUAUUUUUUUGCUAACAGACGUAUUGAAGAGAUGGAAAAUAUGAUAAUUUUCUCAAAAGUUGAUUACUUAGAUUUGAUAACACUGUAGGUUUGCAGUUCUUGCACAAAGUCGCACACGUAAAUUUGGUGAGUGGUGGAAUUUAACGACCUGUCAGACAAUCUGAUGAACUGUCAGUGCAAUUUCUGUAUUGCAUUUCAAUUUUGUUAGUGAUUUAUAAAAACAAAACAUAAAAUUGUUCAUGUUUUCAAA